CAAAAACCUUGUAUUCUCGUCAUGACCCACUUUAAUUUCAAGAUGGCUCCCAAGAUUGUGCUCGCCGGUGCUCUCGUGUUAUUUGCCGUUUUUUGCAGCAGUCAUGCAUCUAAGAGAACACUUGUCUUGUUAGAUAAUUGGUCUAUAAGAGAAACACAUUCUGUAUUCUUUAGAUCACUCAGAGAUCGUGGGUUCGAUUUGACGUUCAAGCCUGCUGAUGAUGCCAGUCUUGCCCUUGUGAAGUAUGGCGAGUUUCUAUAUGAUAACCUUGUUAUCUUUGCACCAUCUGUUGAAGAGUUUGGUGGUUCAAUUGAUGUAGCUGCUAUAACUAGUUUCAUAGAUGGGGGUGGCAAUGUCUUGGUGGCAGCCAACUCAUUGAUAGGGGAACCAAUCAGAGAUCUGGCUAGUGAGUGUGGUGUUGAGUUUGAUGAAGAGGGAACUGCAGUCAUUGAUCAUCUUAAUUAUGAUACCCAAGACACUGGAAAGCAUACCCUGAUUGUAGCAGACCCUGCCAAUCUGAUUGAUGCUAAGAUGAUCACUGGGGACACCAAGAUUGCUCCUUUACUCUUCAGGGGUGUAGGCAUGGUAGCUGACCCUGACAAUCCUCUUGUGUUGAAUGUACUACAUGCAUCAUCCACAGCUUACUCUUUCAAUACAGAUUCACCAAUUGAGGAGUAUCCCCAUGCUGUGGGAAAGAACACAUUGCUGGUCUCAGCUCUCCAGGCCCGUAACAACGCCCGCGUCAUGUUCUUCGGCUCCCUCGACUUCUUCAGUGAUGAGUUCUUUAGUGCCCCUGUACAAAAUGCCAAUGGUGGACAAAUGUUUGAGACAUCUGGAAACCGUGAUCUAGCUACUGCUUUGUCCCAGUGGGUAUUCAAGGAGAAGGGUGUCCUCAAGGUGGGAGAAGUAAAACACCAUAAGAAGGGAGAGACCAGCCCCCCAGAUUACUACAUCAUCUUGGAACAAGUGGAAUAUUCCAUUGAGAUCUCUGAGCUGAAGAACGGCAAAUGGGUACCAUUUGAUGGCAAAGAUGUGCAGCUGGAGUUUGUUCGUAUUGAUCCAUUUGUCAGGACAACAUUGAAGAGUACAAAUGGCAAGUUCAAGGCAACAUUUAAGCUUCCUGAUGUCUAUGGAGUGUACCAGUUCAGAGUAGACUACAACAGAGUUGGUUAUACACAUCUGUUUAGUACAACACAGGUGUCCAGUCAUCCAUUGCGGCACACACAGUAUGAGAGGUUCAUCUUAUCUGCCUAUCCCUACUAUGCUAGUUCAUUCAGUAUGAUGUUCGGCUUAUUCAUAUUCAGCCUGGUAUUCUUGCACUACAGGGAAGAGACUAAAGAAAAGGCAGAAUAGGACAAUUAUUUCACAUCAUCAUUUCAACAACUGCCCUAUAUAACAUCAAGGAUGGUUAUAAUCUGAUUGUUUCAUAGAAGUGUUAUCUGUUCCUUCGAUUGAAUUACUGAAGUAGAAGGGAAAUGCAGCACAUGAAUAAACUUGGUUAUCUGAUAAGCGUACACAUUAGGUCACAUCAAGUCUUCAUGAAGUCAUAUUCAUAUCAUUUUUCACAUUUCAUGUUGCAUAAUCACAAUUAAUUUAUUAACAGUUUAUUGAACAGUAAAGUAUAAAUCAUAAAAUGUGAUUCAUGAUUGGGUGCAUUGUGAACUUCAAUACACACAAAUUCAAUCAUAAAGAAAAAGAGAAAUAAUUGAAUUACUUAAUGGACUAGAGAAAUCGCACUUACCAGACUGAAGAACAUGGCCACAAUACCCCAUUCCCAAAAGAGGAACAUUAUCAUCCAAAACCAAAAGGAGCCAAAGUUCAAGGUCAAAGUUCUCAUGUAGAGGACGCCUUUCCAUUUACUUAGUAUAUGUGUUUGUAAAAUAUUAGUGAAAACAUGUUUUAUACUUUAAUACAUUAUGAAAUUGUAGAUUAUGUAUGUUUGAAUUGGUAUGGUAAUACCAUGUGUUUUGUUAAAAUAUAUCUUCUGUUGAAAUACAUGAAAUAAAAAUGAUGAUGAAAUGAAAAUAGAA